AUGAAACCAGAAACUUUAGUUAUGAAAAUAAUAGAAGCUAUGGAAACGAAUUCGCCGACUCUAAUAACUUACAACGGUAAAAAAGUGCAUAUAACCCAAAAGAUUAUCGAUAAAUACAAACAUUGCAAAGUCAGAGACGAUAUAGACUUGGAAAGAAUUGACGAGAAUUUAACUAAAAAAGGUGGAUUCUUACCUUUAAUCUUUGCUGGUUUAGCUGCAGCCGGUGCAACUGCUGGUGGAGCUGCUGGGAUAGCCAAAGCUGUCAACGAUAAGAAAGCUGAAGCCGCUGCAAACGCCGAAGCACGUAGACACAAUUUGGCAAUGGAAAGUGAAGCACGAGGAGGUUCGGGAGUAGGAGAUAUAUUAGGGACGGUUAAAGAAUUCGGACAAAGAUUUGGCGAAGAAACCAAGAAAACCGUUAAAGAGGGAUUAAGCAAAUUAAUAGAUAAAAUCGACACCUGA